GGGGCACUAAAUGGCCAGAUUUACACCCAGGGUGGACCAGAAGCCUCGCCUGGCGGUCGUUCAACACUCUGUGCUGCCCCUCCGUAGGGGAGAAGCCACGGGGCAUGCGUGUGCCAAAAUCCCCACCCUCCUAAGGUCUAGAAGCGAGAAAAGAGACCCCUCUAGGUUACCGAGUGAGCCCUGGAUUCCUCAGCAGGAGAAGACGUCCGGAUCGGUGAAACCAUGGAGGGUAGACUUCAUCACCUUAUUAAAGCCAACAUCGUACUCGUGCAGCUCGGAUUUAUCGUUUCAUUCUUCAUCCAAAUAUCAUGGGCCUUUUAUAUGAAUCCUGACAUCUCCUUUCUGUUAUGCGUCUCCCUGGUGCUCACAACAAACCUCAAAGGAGUUUUCCUGAUUUGGUUCAUUGUUUCCCCUGUCAGUGAUUGUGUUUCCUGCAUUCACUUUCUCGUUGUUUCCGCACUGAUUGGGGUAGAAACGUCCAUUAUUGCUUUUAAUCUCGAAACAUCGUAUUUCUACACGGGGGUCCUCACAUUCACCUGCAGUGUGACAGGAGCUGCUAUGGUUAUAAGCAGAACAUAUGAGAGUAACUAUCCAACAAAGAAGGCGACCAACGUAGUCGGCAUAUUCUCCAGGUCGGCAGAUGAAGAAUUCCAAUGGCUGGUUAAUCACCUGAGAAAUGUUGGAUCCAUCUCUCCAUUUUACAUCAGUAACAAUAACUACAUGGACUUCAAGAGAGCCGUCUCCAAGUGCUCGUUCGGCAUACUGUACCACUCAAAGACCAGAGGGAGACUGAACAUCACAGACGUGACCGAUUCGCUCUACGACAAGGAGUUGAAAUAUUUGUCAGAUGUUCUUGGUAAAGAGAAGGUCCUGGUGGUGGUCGAUGAUCUGGACGACACCGGUGCUCAAAACAAGGCCAGGAUCCAGCAGUCUCAGCCCAGCAUUCAGACCCUGGCCAAAGACCUUUUCCUUUUCUCAACAGCAGAUAAGCACAGAGCCGGUCUGACGGACAAAGUGGGGCCCCUCAUAUCGCUCAUUAAAUCGGGUAGCGGCUCCUGGUUCCCAGCAGGCAGCGGAUUAGGUGCAGGUCACAUUGGAGAAGAACUUCAUGCCAGCAGAUUAAUAAACACCCCAAAGGCAGGGGGAUGGGGACAGGUCUCCGUCAUCGUGCUGAUCUCAGAAUGGCUUUAUUUUCUCUUCUAUUUUCCCGGCUCGGAUGAGAUUUACACGAUGUUUCUGAUCAUUCUGUCCAAUGUCAACGGAUCGAUGCUUCUUUUACGUUCCGUGGUUAGCCUUCCUACUUCAAAAUAUGACCUUCCCCUGUUUGUGAAACACUCCACAAGGCAGAAACUCUCCGCCCAGCAGAGGCGGGAGCUGAAGGGACUGUUUUCUGUCAAUCUGGUGAUUGUUGCUUUGGUUGUGGCGGUGAUCGAAUUAUACGUCAUAUAUGGAAUCCUGGAGCUCACCGUGAUCCAUGACGUCAUCCUGUCGGUUAUCUCAGCUUGGAAAGCGCUCUUUAUCAUAAUGCCAAAAUAAUGCGGAAAAACCUUUAGAUCGGUUUAACAAACAUAAUGAAGAUGCCAAAAAACGAAACUUUCCCUGAGGCUGAAACGACUCGGAACGAUUGAGCCGACCUGGAGUGCCCUUUAGCUUUUCCAAACAUUGGCACCAGGCGCCAUUACUGCCCCCCAAACGUUUUAAACAUUAAGCCGAGCCGCCGGUCUGACCGCGAACGACCUGACCCAAACGAAGAGAAACGUACAAAAUGAGUGGGGAAUGCCACGAAUGGGCGUCUUUUCAUUCACUCGCCUGAGUGAUGCGUACAUUAAUACUCAUGCGCUCCGUGACAGUAAUUAUUGUGUUUGCUGUAAUGACUGGAAAUAAAGCGGUCUCGUUAUUUUA